CCACACUUUCUAACAUUAAACAAUGUUAUAAAUUGGAACAACAUGAAUUUUUUCCAAGACCCUAGUAUAAUAUUUCCAGAGAAGCAACAAGGAAUUGGCUUAAUGACUGGAGUUUGGAUCUUGGGUGUUCUCUCCUCAUAUUUUAAAUUCUACUUGUAUUAAGUGUUAUCAAUUCGUUAAGAUUAUGUCCUUAAAUUUUGAGUGAGAUUUACCCAAUUUACAUAAAGAAGAUACUUUGUGAUUAAUCGAGACACAAGUAAUCUGAUCAUUAAAAGAAAGUUUUUUUAAAAAAUAAAUAAAUUCCAGAGAAGCUGCUUCGUUUAUUUGCGUGUGAAAAAGGCUUUACUGGGCGCCAAACCUCACAUGCCAUGCCUUGUCUCGUGCCCUUCCCGGCGUGGCCGCUGCUUUCCCUUCAUUGGGUUGUGGCGGCGGCGCUGCUAGUGCUAGUGUACCUUACAUUUCACAAUACUCCUUUGUCCGUUAAAGUUCCUCAUUCUCUCUCUCUCUCUCUCUCCAACCCAACAUCCUAAAAUCCAAAUCAAAAGCCAUCCAUCCUCAUUUCAUUCUUCCUCCUCCUGACAUCAGCAGCAAUGAAACCCUCUUUUCCUCUCUCUCCCUUCUGCUACAACAACAAGGCAGUUAAAUUCGGUUUAUGGUCGAUUUGGUUAUCUGGGUUUCUCUUGAUUGCUCUCUCCUUCUAUGCUACUCGGCUUCUAUCUUCUUCAAUUGAAGAUCAGACCACCAAAUCCAGUGUCUUUCACAGUGGUCUUAGCUAUUCGGGAACUCCCACAAUCACGAUAUUUACAGCUCCUGCCCCUUUCGGUGGAUCGGUUGGGGAGAGGCAGGUUCUUGCUGUUCGAUCGUGGCUGGGUUUGUCACCAGAUAUCAAUGUUGUUCUCUUCAGCCAACACCCCUCUGUUUUCUCUUUUGCAGGUGGAUUUCGUUCGAGGGUUUUGGUUGAGCCCAGUAUUGAUUUCACGUUCCUAGGUACCCCAUUCUUUCACUCAAUGGUUGCAAGAUCACUGGCAUCCAAAUCUGAUAUUUCGGUUGUUAUUGAUCCUGAAACCAUUCUCUUGCCUGACUUUGUUUCAACCCUUAAUUAUGCUCACAAACUAGACCAUGAUUGGCUUCUUGUUGUUUCAUCACGCAAUUUAUCCUACUUCCCAUUUCACUUGGAUGAAGAUGGAAAACAUUGGCUAGGAGAGGAUGGUACAUGGAUUAGAACCAAACAGUUGCAGGGACUUCUUGCUGAGGCUUGGAAGCGGAAGCAUUGUGAGGAGAGGAUGCUUCUGGCAUGGAACAAUGGAGAUCUUCCUUUACAUACUGGAGUCCUUCCUCCUUUCUUGUUUGGAAAGGGGAUUCAUAACCAUUGGGUCAUUAAUGAGGCCUUAUCAUCGGACUUUAGAUUUGUAUUUGAUGCAAGUUGGGCCAUCUCAAAUUUCUAUUUGAAUGGCCCUGACCCUAUGUCUGAUCAAUCAUUCAGAGGUUCCAAUUUUACUAGUUUUGGAAAGAAAAGUUGGGAGAAUGUGGGGAAUGCCCAUCUUGGGGCUCUGUAUGGAUCAUUGUAUUUCCAUGAAGCUAAUUACUCAAACAUGGUUAGAUUUUUAAAGUGCGAUGGACGAUAUCUUUUUGUGAAUUCGGCAGAAAGCAUUGUUUACCCAUUGGGAUACCAGAGAUCAUUGAGCUUAAGGAAACUAAAGAAACAUAAGAAAAUUGUGGAUUGUGUUAAUGAUUUUAAAUCACUAGAUAGAACUAGGGACUGCUAUGUGAAGGACCAGUUGAAGUCAUCAAUGUCACCAUCUCUUCCAUUCUCCCUAGAAAUGCUCCUUUCAAUGCUUGCGGACCAGGACAAAACGAUUGUGCUUGCAGUCACGGGAUAUAGUUACAAGGACAUGCUUAUGAGUUGGGUCUGCAGAUUACGCCACCUCAUGAUCUCAAAUUUUGUUGUCUGUGCUCUUGACCAUGAAGUUUAUGAAUUCUCACUCUUGCAGGGUCUACCUGUUUUCAAGGAUUCACUUGCUCCAACCAACAUCAGCUUUAAUGACUGCCACUUUGGAACAACUUGCUUUCAGAAAGUGACAAAAGUGAAGUCCAGAGUGGUUCUGCAGAUACUCAAGCUGGGAUACAAUGUACUUAUGAGUGAUGUUGAUGUAUACUGGUUUAAAAAUCCAUUGCCGUUUCUCUACUCUUUUGGGCCUGCAUUUCUCCUUGCUCAGUCUGAUGAAUACAACAAAACAGGACCCAUAAACUUGCCUCGACGCUUGAAUUCUGGCUUCUACUUUGUUCGCAGUGAUGGUUCAACAGUCGCUGCAUUGGAAAAGGUAGUGAAGCAUGCAGCUAGUUCCAAUCUUUCAGAGCAGCCAAGCUUCUACGACACAUUAUGCGGGGAAGGUGGAUCCAAUCGUGUGGGUGAUAACCGAUGCUUGGAACCUGAAACAAAUCUAACUGUUCAUUUUUUGGACAGAAACCUCUUUCCAAAUGGUGCAUACAAAGGUCUCUGGGAGGGAAAAAAUGUGAGAGCAACUUGUGAAAAGAAGGGCUGUUUCGUUCUCCACAACAACUGGAUCAGCGGGAGGAGUAAGAAAUUGGAACGGCAGGUCUUGUCUGGCCUAUGGGACUAUGAUAUUAGCUUGAGGAUGUGUUUGCAGAGCUGGCAAAAGUCUAAAUCGACAAGUUAUUUCUAAAAUGUGGAAGAUGCUUCUUUCAUUUUUCGACAUGACCAACUUGGGUUUUCACUUGGGGAAAAUGCAAAGAAAAUGAUAUAACUUUUGUGCUAAGCCUUGGAUUUAUCAAUCUUAUCAUCUGGGAAAAUGUUUUUUUUUUUUUUUUUUGGGUGAAUGAGAAAAUGUUAAAAUAGAGAAAGCCGGCAAUGAAAAACGAAAAAGUGGAUAAUGCUCAUGUCAUAUUCAAAUAGCUCGAUCUAGUUGAUUUCACCACUUCCACCGACAUCAGAUUACAAUGCUAAGAAUUCCGUACUGGAGUGGGGGCCUUCUGGUUGUUGGCUAUGUUGAAGAGUUUGGCUUGUUUGUUCGGGUCAGUUCAGCCCAGCAACGGUGGAUCCAGCAAAACGAGAUUGUUGGCGGCCCCUUCCAUUUCAGUGGACUUAAGUGUGCAAUUGAAGGAUAUUACUGUGAGAAUAAUGCACGCGGGUGGGCAUGAAGAGUUGUAUCAAACUGAAAUUCCUGCAUCUAAGUUAAUGGAAAAAUAUCCCGGGAUGUGUGUGGCCAGACCAGAAGUUUUCAAAUAUCCCCACGAAUCUCUUUUAUUGGGGGAAGAAAAGUUGUUGCUCGGGCACAAAUAUUAUAUAAUCCCAUUGACAACUGUAAAGAAACUGAAGCGUAAACACUCAGAGAAGCGUAAAGUAAAAGAAUCUACUGAAGGCAAAGAAUUGGUGUUAUACAAGAGGAUUGUUGAUGAUGUAAGUGGAGGUUGUUCAGAGGCACCUAUUCGUUCUGCGAAGGACUUUUAUGUCUCUAGAGAAAGAUGGUCUCGAUGUUUGCCGACAAAAUGUCAAAAAGGGAAGAAGCUAUUUGUACCUCCCAUCCAAAAGCCGGGGAUAAGGAGGGGAUUGGGAUGGGAGCCCAGAUUACCUUCUGUACAGGAGAUAUCUCCAUGACUCCUUUACGUGAUAUCUGAAGGUUCUGAGUUCUUGCAAUGUAUCCCGAAAAUGACAGCUGAAGAAUCCAAGAACACUGAGAAAGAGCAGAGUGCUCUGAAGAGAGAGCUUCUGGUUGGAGAAAGUUUUAGUGAUCUUUCUUUGGUGCAAAUUUUCGAAAGGAAGGAUUCUUGAUCUUGAUUCUAAAUCAGUAGUAUGAGUAGCUCUCAAGAGUCUUGUGAACAUUAUUAGGGUUAAUUCAGCUACUUGUGAAAAUUAACUUACACCCAUCAUGUAUGAACCAGUAUAUUUGGACUCUUUUAAUUAUGAAAAUGUAUCACUAUCCUCUCUAGCCUUCCUAUGUAUUUGUAUAAUUUUUAUAGUUGAGAGAGUCAAGUUGAAUGGAUUCAUGGAUUAAAAGGUUAAACUGAUACUCACAAAUAGUUAAAAGGAAGUUUUCGUGUAAUUCACCCACAUUAUUGCAAUAUUGACUGGGAAGGAUCGCAUUGCUUACUUUUAACUUUUGGUUGGAUAUUCACCACUUAGGAGGUAAAUUUUACUUUAUACCCCAAUAUUUUACAACGAAUCACACUUUGCUUUCUGAUCUUUUAGUUAUUCCAGCUAACUCUCUAAAUUUCGAGUCAAGUUGUAAUUAGACCCAUCAGUAUAAUGAAAUUUCAAAAAACUAAUGGAGACUAGUCACAUGAUAGUAUUAAUUACGCUAUUGUAUUUUACUAAAAUCCCACUUUAGUUGAUCCACUUUAGUCUCUUCGUCAGUUUUCGAAACAAAUGGUAUAUGAGUAGGCUCAAUUGCAACUUGACUCAAAAUUUAUAGAGUUGACUGUGACAAUUAAACGGUCAAGGAACAAAAUGGGAUUGAGUGUAAAAUAAAUUUUGCCUAUACUUAUCUAUAUUUCGAGACAUUGGGAUUUUUAGUUGAGUCAACUUCAGAUGUAUUCUAUUUAGGGAUGGCAAUUUGAACCCAAUCCGACGGAGAAUUGGCCCCCCGACCUCGAUUAGAACGAUUUUUCUUCGAAAAAUACCCCCGACGGCAGGGAAUAGUAUUCGAAAAUGAAUUCCCUACAACUUUCGGGCCGGGGACGGUGACGGUGAUAGGUUCCCUUGCCCAUCCCUAUCCCUGUUUCCGCUCCAAACUGAAAUUACUAUUAUACCCCUAUAUAUAUGUGUGUGUGUGCGUGCGCGUGUUUCUCUAGGGAUUUUUUGAUUCAUUUUAGGAUUUAGGUUCACGGGUGGUGUUUGAAUCUUUUUUUUUUUUUGGUGUGGUGUGGAUGUUAUUUUGUAUCUUUUUUUAUCAUGUUGUUAUUGUUUGGAUGUUUAUGUUUGGACAUUGUUGGAGUAUGCUUUUAUAUAUAUUAUUUUUAUUUGUCUAAAAAAAAAAAGAAAUAAAAUGGGAUAUGCAAAAUUCAAAGAAAAAAAAAAAGGGUCGGAGAUUUUUCGAGGUUGGGGAAAACCCGAUCCCUGUUGGGGAGGGAAAGGGGGGGUGAUUAGUUCCCCACCGGGGAUCGAGGGUAGGGACAGGGACAAUGAUACCUUUGGAGAUCGGGAACGGGGAGUGUAAUCUCCGGCACGUUGUCAUUCCUAAUUCUAUUAAGUCAUCAAUCGUCUCAAAUGCUUAAUCUACUAGGAAAUUAGUUCCAAAUUGUAUAUCAAGCUAACACUUCCAC